GGGUUGUUAACGACAGUGAUAUGUGGUAUGAAGGGAUGCAGAAUUUUUCAUGGCAGAAGUGCUGGAAGGUACUUGAAAUGCUCUAACUGGAAUUAUUCUACAUCGGCUUCGAAAUCAAUUGCGAACGCCAAAGACUUCAAAAAUGUCACUUCCAGCUCUGCUACCACAUGCGACUUGAGUCAGGGGGGCAGAGCCGAUGGCAUCCAAACCACGACUGUAGAAGGAACAGAAGGGCAAAGGGAUGGAAAUGGAAAAGGGAACAAACGCCGAGAGUUGCCUCUUUCACCACUCAUGAAUCCCUUAUUCCAAGAAGCCCGAAACAAACAUUCAGCUCCCAAACCGCAACCCAAGAAAGAAGGUCGAACAGCUUUUCAAGAGCAGCUUGCCAAAAAUCCUUAUGCUCUCGCCCUUGCAACCCCCGUCCGUCAAUGUACUGCAACACAACUCUCGCUCCCUAGUUUCUUUCUCCAGGAUUUCACAAUAAUGGCGCAUCCCACCACAUCUGCCCCCUGGCACGUUCCUCGAAGUCUCUCUCCCCAUUCACCCAACGUCAAAUCCUCCGAGCAAAACACUCUACACACCCCCUCAUUAGGAUCCACCUCCUACGUAGCUCUGCGCCAAUCGCUCCUCCAGUCCUUCUUCAAGACAAAAUCUGGAUACACGGGGAUAUACAAAAAAUUUGGACUCAUGCAGGCAAAAAGUACAGCGAGGAAACAUGCUGUGCUACAAGCUACCUGGAGAUCAGAUAUGGAUACUUUUCUACUGGAAUUGAUGAGGAGGCGGACGGCGGAAUUAUUGGAGUAUUUGUGUAAGAAGAAGAGUUAUAUACACAAAUGUGCGAAUUGGGAAGAAGUGGAAUUCAGUGAACAGACUGGCUGUGUAUUGUGGAUGGGUCAGAAGCUUGCUUCGAGGGGAGAAGGGGAGCAGGGAUGGGAACAAGAGCAAGAGCAAGAAGUUCCUCCUGGAGAGUUCGAAAUUAAGAGAAUCGGACCCGGAGGAAGGAAAGCUGUGCCUGUGUUUAACCUAAGAACGAUGAUGGGUAAACAGUGGAUCGAGAAGAUCAGAGAGGGGAAUCGAAUAUUUGGGAAUCAGAUCUUGGUUGUCAAACACAAGAAUGCGACCAAAGAGAUACAGAUGAGACUAUGGAAGUUGCAGGGUUAUGUUGCAACGUAUGGAGGGAUGCCGGACGAAGGUGUAAAAAUGCCUACGAAGGCUACGCAGUCGAAGGCUACGCAAUCGAAGAAGAUCAGCACCAGGUCGAUAAAUAUUGCCCGACUCCAAACCUAAGGAAAUUUCUAAAGCUUUGCGUUAACACUAAAGAGGAAAAAACAAACAUUUCAAAUUAGAUUAUAACUAUGACGUAAUAUCGUAACUGGUCUCCCA